AUGCCCGAUGCUGAGACUCAAUGGGACGACCAUCUGUCCAAAAACCUCGCCAAAUACUCGCUCUUGCUAGACAAACUGACCACUCUGUCCCAAGUGACGAAAUUGCAAAACAUGGUCAGGGCAGAUCACGCAGAGACAGCGGCUCAAUUGAAUGAACUCGUCGCUGAGUCACACACCGUACACAACAAACAGAUCCGCAGACUUGAAUUGAGGAGGACCGGGCUCACUUCGACUUUAUCCCAGUUCCAUACGGCGCUCAACGCUGUACGUAACUCAAACGUGGAGGCUCGCAGUAUAAACACGGAAAUAUCAACAACAGACGCAGAGAGGGAGUUUCUACAACAGACGCACUCGUUCCUCAAUGACGUCAGGUCCCUUAAGAAUAACAUCUCGCUGAUACAGGGCGCGCUGAAAGAUGGGGACUACCUCGUCGCGGCAACGGCGAUCAACGAGAUCAACGAGUUGCCCAGCGAGAUUGUCAAUUCACAGUUUGCACUCGCGACGAUUCCGACUCCAGAGAUGCCACACUCAGCUGGGGAAAUCCUCGCUCAAUGGACGGACGAGUUACGUACGCUGUUCAAGGCGAACUUCACCGCUGCGGUCGCGGCAAACAAUAUCGACGACCUCACUUUCUACUUUAAACUGUUCCCCCUCAUUGGAGAACCCACAUUGGGGUUAGAUCUCUACAGCAAGUUCAUUACAGACAUUAUAUCCCAGGAGAACCAGAAAUUCAUAGCAACGGCGCUGAAACUGGACUCAGGGUUCCACUGGGUACUCUUACAACUGUUCAAGAUCUCGUCCACGGUCAUUAAUGAACACUCGAAGAUCAUCGAGCGCGCGUACGGACUCGAGUACAUGCCCUUCAUCAUGACCAAAGUCGAAGUAGAGGUGGAGCUGCAGAGUUGCCUCGUCCUUAAUUACUUCAAGGAGACGAAACUUGACACCGUUGCAGCAGAGGUACAGGGCACAGCAGCGAAGACUCUGAUCAACGAAUUCUCGCAGUUCUUACAGAACUGGUCCAUGUACUCCCGGUUCUUCUCCGUCAGAUGGAGAGAGUUUUCCGCCGUGGGGGAGGAGAACAACGAGACACAGGGCCCGCUCACGUUGGCAAACCCUAUAACAGACGGGUCAUUCAUGAGGAAACUCCACGACGAAAACAUCUUCCACACUUUCCAAGAUCUAAACCUCAAGUACCUAGCGAGGUCCUCACGCAGAAGUGUCGAGUUGGAGGAAUUGCCCGAUAUCAACCCACUCAUCUCAACGACUUUGAUCCCGCACGAGGACCCCUCAUCGUGGCCCAUCAGCUCCGUCCUCGAGGACGUCAUCCUCCUCCUAAGACAAAGUCUCGUGUGCACUGUCAACACGGGCCAAUUUGCCAUCCUCGCAGAAUUCAUCGCCAGCGUCGUGAAGUUCAUCACAAACGAUUUCCUCGUCAACUUCGUCCAAAAGAGACUCAAGCGGCUACAGGAGGAAUUGAACAAUGGGACCAUUCCAUCGCUAAGGAAAUACAUCCCGCACGACGAAGAAACCCCCCAGGAGAGGGCCCGCAGUCCGAUGGCCAAAGCUGGGAGCCCAGGGUACCAUGGCCCGCCACAGACACAGUAUCAGAUGCAACAGUCGACUGGGAAAUUCAAUCUCAGAGGCGCCUUCGCCAAUAUCCAAUCGAACUUACAGUCCGUCGUCGUUGCAAACGAGCUGGACGACCAGGGGAACGACGACGAAAUCAACAUCUUGCGGCUGCACAAGUACCUCAUCUACAUCAACACGUUGUACUUCUUCCAGAUCGCCACACAUAAACUGUUUGUCGAGGAGAUUGUCGAGGAGAACGCAAGACUGCUGCCGGAUAAUUUUCCCUUCAACGACGACUGCCACCGGAUCGCAGACCAAUUGCGGUCUGCAGAGAGUAAGAUCAGUGAGCAAACGGGGAAACUGUCCCACUGGGGGCUUCGGUACCUGUUCCAAACGGCGCUUCUGCACCGUGUCAAGCGGCUACUAAACGACUUGUUCAUCAAUGGCACGGACAACAACUACAUCGCGAACACGGACGAUUUUGAGGAUCUGUCCCAAAUCAACAGCUUUAUCGUCAAGUGGACAAAUUUUAUAACACCAUACCAGAACGUCCUAUACAGAGACGCGCACCACGCGCUCUUGCUUCUCCUGACCGACUUCUGCAAGAACUUCGUCGAGAAGCGCGUGUGGGCUUUGCGGGUAAACGAGUUGGGCGCCGUAAAAUUGGACAGGGAACUCAGUCUCUUCAUCAGCACAAUCUGUGGCCUAAACUACUCGUUACGGGAGGACUUUACAAGGGUGACGCAGAUUGUCCUGCUGCUGGGCUUCGACGACGAUGACUUCGACGUCAGAACGGGCGACAUCAAGGAGGAGCUCGUCAAUUCCAUAGACUGGGUGCUCAGUCCGCAGGACAGAGCACAGACCCGCUCUUUAAAGGUUGACAAGAGACGCUGA